UGGAAUGGAUUCAAGCAAUACUAACCACACAUGGACAAAUCUUUGGAGAUUGAAUUUCCAACUAAAGUUAAAGUUUCUUCUAUGAAGAACCUUACAUCGAAACUCGAUGCGUGGCCAACUAAACGUACCCCCGAAUAGAUGACAAAUUACCCACGUUUGCCACUAGAAUAGAUCGAUCCACCCCACGAGAGAAACCUGAGCGCCUCCCUUUUCUGCCGCCUUUUUGUCCUCUCCCCGUUCUAGCGACUAGCGUUCCUGUCGCCGUCGCCCCCGCUGGUUGACGCCGGCCUUCCCCUCCGAAGCGAUGGCACGGCGCGGCCAUCCUCCGGUCACCUCGAGCUCCCCAUCCUCCGCCGACCGUCUCGAGCUCCCUCUCCUCCGCCGCGACGGCUGGGCGCCGCCGGCCCUCAACCACCUCGAGCUCUUACCCUGUCGCUGCCGCUGCAAGGAGCGAGGGGCACCGGCGAUCCACCACCUACCGGACACACCCAUCCCCCCUUCCUCCUUCGCCCGACGAGACUCUCCACUCUGGGAACUCGCUGCUGCUGCUAAUCUGAGUUGCACGACGUACCUUGCCGAAGUUCUGUCUCGGCAGCUCUUUGUGAGAAAUAUCCUAAGCAUGCAAAGUAUAAGAACAAGGGGCUGGCCAACCCGAAUGAAAUGCAUGUCAUUUUUGCCAAGGCACAUGUCAUCAAGGAAACAUCAUCUAUUCUUGGGGAGAUGACGGACAACACAAAUGACGAUGAUAUCUUGAUAUAUUUUAGGCCGCUCCUAGUAAUCUAGUUAAUGGGCUUUCGCUUCUUAAAAUUGCAAGCGUUCUAAUGUAUUGAUGUAUUGAUGAAAGAUAAAAUAUUUUGGCAAGCUUGCUAGUUCAUCAACAUUUCUAUUUCUAUGUGUUGUAUUGAUCCUUAUAAAAAGUUGCUACUCUUUUGCCAUGUCAAAA